UUCUUUAUUCACUUUUACUACACGCGUCCUCCAUGUUUUCCUUCACAAUCUUCCCGUAUCAACUUAUAACUAUUUUCUAUCCUUUUUCUCAGAAACCAAACAUCGCAUUUCACUUAUAAAAACCACCCACAUUCUCUCCGUUCCUAUUUUACUUCCCCACAACUUUAAAGUUUUGUGUUUUUUUUUUUCUUUAUUUUAUUCGAAGUUCAGCCAGCUCACGAAAAUUGUUUUGAGGGUGAGCGCAUUCGUAAGUGAUAAAGUUCAUCAUGGCCUUUGAUUCACCUGACCGGAGAGAUGCUGUCAUCAAGAUCGACAGCGAUAAAAAAACAAGUACAACUAAGAACACCAGCACCAGCAAGAUUUGGCGAGAGUCAAGUUGUGAUUUUUGGCAAGAUAGAGAUCUGAACAAAAUCAACAACACAGAGAAGAAGAACGGGCAAGAAGGGAAGACUGCUGAAGAAGAAGGGGAUUUUGAUUUCAUGCAAAGCAGUGCAGGAAUGGAAGACCCACCCUCGAAGUUGAUUGGUCAGUUUUUGUACAAGCAAAAAGCUUCAGGAGAGAUCUCUCUUGAUAUAGACUUGGACAUGGCAGAGCUUCAACAACAGGAAGCAGCUAUUGAAAGUAACAGUUAUAAUAAUAUUUAUAAUCAUAAUGAUAAACAGACUUUACCAACUGUGGCUGAGUCGCCUACUUUGCAUAACAGAGAUAAUAGAGUUUCCUUUGAGUCUUUUAAAAGAAGGCAUUUUAAUUCUGAUAGUUCCCCACAGAAAUAUUCUGAAGGUGAGGUUUUGAAGUGUACUUCAAACCGGUCGUUUGAUAGGGAUGUGUCCUAUAAUAGAAAGUCUAGUUUGUUGAUGACUAAGACUAAGUCUAGGUUGUUGGACCCUCCACAAGAUAGAGAUGAGCAGAAAUCUGGGAGGCUGAUGGGGAGAUCAGCACAGUUGAAAAGUGGGUUUAUUGGGAGAAAUGUUGAAGAUGAAGAGGAUGAUCCAUUCCUGGAAGAGGAUUUGCCUGAUGAGUACAAGGAAGAGAAAUUUAGUAUUUGGGUUGUGUUUGAAUGGUUUAGUCUGAUUUUGAUUAUAGCAGCAUUAGUUUGUAGUGCAACGUUUAAAUUUCUUAAGAAUAAGAGGUUGUUGAAGCUUGAAUUAUGGAAAUGGGAGGUAUUGAUUCUGGUUUUGAUAUGUGGUAGGUUGGUGUCUAGUUGGAUUGUCAGGAUUGUUGUGUUCUUCUUUGAGAGGAAUUUCCUUUUGCGGAAACGGGUUUUGUAUUUUGUUUAUGGAUUGAGGAAGGCGGUUCAGAAUUGUAUAUGGUUGGGGCUUGUGUUGAUUUCUUGGCACUACUUGUUUAAUAAGAAAGUUGAGAGAGAGACCAACAGUAAAGUUCUUCCCGUUGUAACUAAGAUCUUGGUUUGUCUUGUGGUGGGCGUGCUACUGUGGUUGGUGAAGACCCUUUUUGUGAAAGUUCUUGCCUCAUCUUUCCAUGUGAGCACUUACUUUGAUAGAAUUCAAGAGGCACUGUUCAACCAAUAUGUUAUUGAAACACUUUCUGGUCCUCCAGUAAUCGAAAUCCAAAAGGCAGAGGAGGAGGAGGAAAGAAUAGCAAGUGAGAUUAAAAAAUUGCAGAAUGCAGGUGCUACUGUCCCUCCUGGCCUCAAGACAAGUGCCUUUUCUUCGCCACAUCAUGCAAAGGUGAUAGGAAGUGGAAGGCUUCAGAAAACUCCUCGUGCGGGAAAGAGUCCUACGAUAUCUCGGACACUUUCCAACAAGGAAGCCGACAGGAUCACUAUCAAUCACUUGCACAAGUUGAACCAUAAGAAUGUCUCUGCUUGGAACAUGAAAAGGCUGAUCAAUAUAGUCCGGCAUAGGUCUCUUACCACAUUAGAUGAACAGAUACAAGAUUCAAGUCAUGCAGAUGAGUCUGGACCACAUAUUAAAAAUGAAUUUGAGGCAAAAACUGCUGCAAAGAAAAUUUUCCAAAAUGUGGCUAAGCGAGGGUGCAAGUUCAUAUUCCUGGAGGACCUUAUGCGUUUCUUGCCGGAAGAUGAGGCUGAGAAGACCAUAAGUCUCUUUGAAGGCGCAUCCGAAAGCAAGAGAAUUAGCAAGUCAGCCUUGAAGAAUUGGGUGGUUAAUGUUUUUAAAGAGCGAAGAGCACUAGCCUUUACUUUGAAUGAUACAAAAACAGCCGUCAACAGACUUCACCGUAUUGUGAACAUUUUGGUUGGCAUUAUAAUUGUUAUUAUCUGGCUCCUUAUAUUGGGAAUUGCCGCCACCAAAUUUCUAGUCUUUCUAAGCUCUCAGCUUCUUUUAGUGGUAUUCAUUUUCGGAAACACUUGCAAGACAGUAUUUGAGGCUAUUAUCUUUUUGUUCGUAAUGCACCCCUUUGAUGUGGGUGAUCGUUGUGAGAUUGAAGGAGUUCAGAUGGUAGUGGAAGAAAUGAACAUCCUAACAACUGUUUUCUUAAGAUAUGACAACCAGAAGAUUAUUAUUCCAAAUAGUGUUCUUGCUACCAAGGCCAUUAGCAAUUACUAUCGUAGUCCUGAUAUGGGUGAUGCAAUCGAGUUCUGCAUUCAUGUAACCACUCCAGCAGAGAAGAUCGCACUCAUGAAACAGAGAAUACUAAGUUAUGUCGACAACAAGAAGGAUCACUGGUAUCCACAACCAAUGAUCAUAUUUAAGGAACUGGAAGAACUAAAUAAGGUAAGGAUAGCAGUAUGGUUGACACAUAAAAUGAACCACCAAGACAUGGGAGAGAAAUGGUCAAGGAGAGCACUUUUGGUUGAAGAAAUGGUCAAGAUUUUCAAAGAGCUUGACAUCCAGUAUCGUUUAUACCCGAUAGACAUUAACAUUCAUGCCAUGCCUACAAUGCCUUCGAUGCAUCCUAUAAACUCUUAUAGCCUUUCUUCAAACCGGACCACAACCUCUAGCUGAGAGGCGAGACAAAGCGAAAAGAUAGAAACCAAAUAUAAAGAGCCCCAUUUGGUAUAUUGCAUCAUUUUGUAUAUGUAAUGUUUGUUUGGCUUAAUGUCAUGAACUUCAUAGCCAUUGUGUUUAUAGCCUAUAAACAAAUGAAAGUUUUAGAGAUGAUUGUAUUUAUUGUACGCAGUAUUCUUUUCUCAUAUUUAGUGUUCAGUUUGAGUCAUUUUCAAUAUGAUCUUGCUAUUUGUCA